AUGCAGUGCAUUACCAAUUUACUUGCCCUGAACUCAUCCGAUUCAACUACGGUGCCUCUACAAGAUCUGUUGCCUAAAGAAACUUUCUUUGAGAACUUGGAUCUCUACCAGUGGGAAGGCUUCUGGUACAGACCAAAACACCUUGAAGCUGCAAAAGCCUUCCGCUCACAAUUUGAAGCCAAAAAUGAUGACAUUUUUUUGGCAUCCGCCAUGAAAACAGGUAGCACAUGGCUGAAAGCUCUUUGUUUCAGCAUCAUGCAGAGGCAAUGCAAAGUUGAUGGCAAGGAGUACGAGGACCUUCUGACAAAGAACCAUCCUGCCCAUUAUGUCAAGACCUUAGAAGUCCAGCUAUAUACAGCAAAUCCACCUCCUGAUCUUUCAGGUAUGCACUCUCCAAGACUCUUCCACACUCACAUGCCUUAUAAGGCCAUGCCUGAAUGCAUUAAAUACACAGAGUGCAAGAUUGUGUACAUAGCCCGAAACCCUAAAGACACCAUUGUGUCGAUGUGGCACUUUAUGAACACUCUUAGAACGCCUGAACAAGGUCCUUAUCCACUAGAGGAUGCAUUUGAAAGCUUUGUUAAUGGGGUCUGCCAUUUUGGGCCAUUCUUUGACCAUGUUUUGGAGUAUUGGAAUCAGAGCUUAAAGAUGCCUGAGAAAAUACUGUUUUUGAAAUAUGAGGAUAUGAAAAAGGACCCAAAGAAGCAAGUAAUGAGGCUGGCUUCGUUCCUGAGAAAGCCGUUUGACAAUGAAAAGGAGGUCGAGGAGGUGAUUCGAAGAUGCAGCUUGGAGAGGCUCAAGAACCUGGAAGUGAACAAGAAUGGGAUUGAUCCUUGGGUCGGGAUGCCAAACAGUUCUUUUUUCAGGACUGGGAUUAUUGGGGGCUGGAAAGACUUCUUGACAACAGAGAUGUCUGAGCGCCUUGAUCAAAUUGCCCUCAGCAAGUUAGAGGGAUCUAGUCUUAGCUUUGAAUAUGAUGCUAUAUAG